AUGCAUGGUUUGGGGGGAGGGUAGAAUAAUAGGCUCAGGGAUGGUGGGUAAAGGGAGGACUGAGGAGGAAACCAUCUUUUAUCCUUGCCUUACCAGCCUUGCUGCUAGGGGGGGGCAGGAUAUGUACACACACUGUGGGAAUCUCUUUGCAGGCUCUGAAUUCUCUCUGGAGCUCUUUCCCCCACUGCCCUAGUCCCAGGCAGCGCUCCUGGCCUUCUUUAUUUACCAGCUCCUCCAACUAGGGAGACAAAGAGGCCUGGAGUGAAAGGAUAGAGGACCGAUGUGGGGUGGGAGGGACAUACCCAUACACCACCUGCCUAAGUCAGACCCUGUUCCCUAACUAUGAACCUCAUGGCCAAGGCCCCUUUGUGAUUUUAUGGGACAACUAAUUUUCCAGAUUUUCCCCAAAGCCCUAUAUUAAUAGUCAACAUUUUGGAGCCCUUUAUAGUUUACAAAAGACUUCCAGGAGCUUCCAGAUGAGGAGGGUCUCUUAGGAGAAUAGGCUGAGGUGCUCCAAGGACCCCUACCCCUCAUUUUUGUGUUUCCUGUGCCUAGUGCAGUAUCUAGCACAUAGUAGGUGUGAAAUUAAGAUAUUUUGAAAGAACAUGGUGAGAGGGUGUCUAGAAAGCAGAAAAGGGAAUGCAGAGAGGAUGAUGAGGGGUUACAAAUGGAGAGCUACAAAUUGUAUCUGAGGGAAAAGAAAAAAAUAGGGAAAGAGGAGGAAGAGAUAUAGAAUUCUUGUGUUGAGGAUAUGGCGGGAGGGCAAGGGCAGGGCCAUUAGCCUGCACAGAACCAAGGAAUUCAAGUUGUUGGACUGUCCCACAGAGUUAGUGAGAGGUUGCCUCAAGCUUCUGGGGCUGCUUUCAGAGUUGUUUGAACCAAUGGAUGAGCCAGGAGAAGAGCCCAAGGAUGGGAUCAAGGAUAUCUUGUAAGUUUGAGGAAUUUAAGGAAAUAAAAGAGAGAAGCAAAGAAUUUAGGAUUUUUCUCCAAAGUUUCUAACAAUUCAAAUGCCAAGAAAACCUACAAGAAGGCUUCCCUUUCCCCUUAAGCAGUUUGGCCCAGGCUGAGGGCUGGACCAGCAGACCCCCAGCCUUUCAGCCCAAGACUGGACGGCACAAGAGCCUGGCAUGUGACCCAGCUGGCAGUGCUCUUUUCCACAUACAAUGCUUCACUUUCAUCCUGUCCCCUGCCAGCCUGGCCACCUGUGCCCACCCACCACCCUCAGCGUAGAGUGGACCCUGCCGGACUCCCGCCUUCCCUAGCCAUGUGGGGAUCCAGGGAGCCGAGGCUCCUGGUGAUGGGGACAGCUUCCUUUAGUUACUGGGACCAAAAGGAGUAACAUAAACGUUAUUUUACAGCUCCAGCCUUGAUUCGUGCAGUGCUUCGAAGCAGAGAGUAACUGCCCUUCUCCGCCAGUGGCCCCCUCCACCCCACCCCCACCCUUGCAGCACCACCACCCAGCUCUGAACUUCUUGCCCCUCCCCUUGUUCCAGUUAUCUUCCUCCAACCCUCUGCCCACACCCUCACCUCACCCCCAUCUUCUAAGUGUUAGAUUGGCUUGGCACAGGCCAGAGGAAAGUGAGGGCUGGGCAGACUGCAAAUUUGGAUCCAGGUUAAUUUUAGUCUCUAGGCUCUAUCUCUUUGCAUUUCUACUCCCCUUUUACUCAGCAAGCCCUAGCACAGCCCUGGCUGGAGAGCUUAAAUAGGCCUCCCCCCCACCCCCCACCUUUCCACCACGGUGUCCAGUUUCAGGGCUCCCUUUGGGAAGUGCUGGAGCAGAGGAAGAGAAAGAGCAGAAAGGGGGAUGGAGCAGCCCCACAUGCCUGAAGGAGGGCCAGCGGAGGGGGGCCUGUCCCAGGCUGCACUGGCUGUAAUUCAAACUACUCUGCCUUGCAGGUCCACAUGGUCCAGAUCACUGGCCAGACUCUUACCCUGAGUGUGGAAGUAAUGCCCAGUCUCCCAUCAACAUCCAGACACAGAGUGUGACUUUUGACCCUGAGUUGCCUGCUCUGCAGCCCCACGGAUAUGACCAACCUGGCACCAAGCCUUUGGAACUGCACAAUAAUGGCCACACAGCUCUCUCUGCCCCCCACCCUGCAUCUAGAGGGAUUUUCCGGAAAAUAUGUAGCUGUUCAACUCCACCUGCACUGGGGUCAGAAGGGCUCCCCAGGGGGGUCAGAGCACCAGAUCAACAGUGAAGCCACAGCUGCAGAGCUCCACAUCGUACACUAUGAUUCUGAUUCCUAUGAGAGCUUGAGUGAGGCUGCUCAGAGGCCUCAGGGCCUGGCUGUCUUGGGCAUCCUCAUUGAGGUAGGUGAGACUAAGAAUCCAGCUUAUGAACACAUUCUGAGUCGCCUGCAUGAAAUCAGGCAUAAAGAUCAGAAGACCUCAGUGCCACCCUUCAAUGUGACAGAGCUGCUCCCCCCACGGCUGGAGCAGUACUUCCGUUACAAUGGCUCGCUUACCACACCUCCCUGCUACCAGAGUGUGCUCUGGACAGUCUUCAAUCAAAGGGCCCAGAUUUCAAUAGGACAGCUGGAAAAGCUUCGUGAGACACUGUUCUCCACACAAGAGGAACCCCUUACACUCCUGGUACAGAACCACCGAGUCCCCCAGCCCCUCAAUCAGCGCAUUGUCUUGGCUUCUUUCAUCCAAGGAAGAAGAGGCUGGGUAACCAGAAAAGUGUGGUCUUCACCUCAGCACAAGCCACUGAGGCAUAGACUCCUUCUGGACAUCAUGGAUGCCACCCCACAUGCCUAUCAGGGUGCUUCUAAAACAGGGUGCAGGGACUGGCCAGACAAUACUGUAGGAAUAGUAGGCAGACACACCUCCUUCCUUCAGACAACCCCUACGGAGAAUAAUGAACAGGCUCUUGCUUGAGGAAGAACAGCAGAGCCUUCAGCCUCUCAAAACAUAUAGGAGCUCAGAAGAUCCUUAUGUCAACAAUGCAGAGGGCAAACUGUGUUUAGUUGCAGGGGAAGUUGGGGGUAUGCCCCAUUCCCUCACUUUUAUGUUCCUUUCCCUAGAUAAGGCAGGAUCUCCUCUUAGGAAAAAAGGUUGCUCUUGUUGGGGUUAUGGGUUUUUUUGCUCAACAUACUUGGAAAUUAAAGUUACUGACCCUAUCUCUGGCCUUACCUUUGAGACUCUU